GUUCGAAUAAGAUUACAAAUCACUUCUCGUUACAGGGAUAAUCAAGUUUUAUACUAUUCAGACAUUUAGCGCGCUGUUUGCUUUGAACUCUGCGUGUAAUGUAGUUCUCGAUAUGGCUUUUUCAAGAAUGUUUUUUAAAUGAUUGAUUUUCUCGUACUGACAAUAUAGCUUCAUCAGCGCUAUGGAUAUUAGUGAUUUUAAUAGAUAUGAGUGGGUUCAGCUAAUUGAUCCGAAAUCUCAGCAAUUGAUGUACAUCAAUCUGAAGUCUGGCGAAUGCAGCCGAGAUCCUCCCAAAAAUACACAAUAUAAAGCUGUUUCACCCAAUCAAUGGUGGGAAUUGUUCGAUAUAAAAGUCCAAAGAAAUUACUAUUAUAAUAGUACCACCCGAGAAACCGUUUGGGAGAAACCAGUUGAUGGUGAUAUUAUUCCUCUAGCAAAAAUCCAGUUACUACAACAAAAUCUUCAACCAUCAUCAUUUAUGAUCCAAAAAAGUUUAGGAAAACGAGCAAAUGAAGACUUCAAUCAGACAUUAGAUAUGGGAGUACUUCGACGUUCAAAUAAUAAUAAUAUAAAUACUGACUACCAAGAAGAACGCUUGUCAACAUCCUUAAACCAAAGGAAAUGUACAAAUUCAUUCAUUACUACUGAAAUACCAGAUUAUUCAUUCAAUAAUAUGAUUGUACAACAUGAUAAUAAUAUUAACAAUAAUAGAUUAAGCCAUCAUCCCAUGCCUAUGUCAACAAACAGUAAUCAUGACCAUUCAGUUGCAAUAAAUGAAAGUAUGAAUAGUAUUCACUCACCUUUAUCACUAUUAUCUAGAACAUCAGUAGUAACUGACAUCCCUAACAUAUCGAAUACAAAUCAUGAUAAUCAACGUGUUCGUGAUUGGUUACGAGAUGCUGUUGCUACUACAACUAAUGAAAUGAAAUCUACUGUUAUUAAUAAUAAUACUGUUAUUGCUACAACAACAGCUAAUAAUAAUACUAAUGAAUUCACCAUUGACAAUAGUAACACUAAGAAACCUGGUUGUUUAUCUGAUCGCCCUAUCCGAAGACAUAAUAUUCAAUCAUCACAACUUCAAGGAUUAAUAGAAUUCCCUGCUCCAUCUGAAGAUCAAUUUCCAAAUUUACAAUUUAGAUCAGUUUCUCAUUCAGUUAAUCCAAAUCAUAGUAAUUCCGUCAACUUGAUUCCUGGUAAUACAUAUCAAACUUCAUCAUGCAAUACCUCUAAUUAUCCAAUACAAUAUGAUCAAAAUGUACCUUGUAAAUUUACUGACAAUAUUAUAACUACUGUAUCGUCUGAAUCUGCUACCAGUAUUCAGAAAGAGUCUGGUGUAAAUAAUUCUGAUGAAUCUAUUACUGAUAUACAACAAAACACCAACCUUAGUAGUGACAAGUCAUUUCAAUUUUUCAACUCUAGUAUGUGUGACGUUGUUAAACAAUCCUCUAUGCCUCCCACAAUCUCAUAUGGUAUAUCACAGCCGGUACCUCGCCAGCGUGCAUUUCCUCGUACUAAUCCGACUGUAUCACGUCCCUCCGGUAAUGGGACUUGCACCCUACCUCGACCUUGUACUAUCCCAUCGGAAGGGUCACCGAUCUCUCUGUUUCCUACUUCUGUCGCUUUUAGUCAGUUUAGUGAUACCACCUCUGCAAGAGCUUCAAUGACCGACUCAAAAAUUCCUAUUAUUCAUGAAUCAAUCUCAAAAGACUCCUCUUCCUUCAUUAAACAAAAAUUGAUUGAGCAUAUAUCAAAUGAUCUGAUACCCCAAGAUAUUUCCAAUUCGGAUAACACACCUAAAUGUAUGGUAACUUCUCCAUCUCAAGUUUUAAAUGCUCCUCUUAAGGUUUCUUGUUCAGUCAAUGCAAUCACACCUUCAUACUGUUCAAAUAAAUAUAAUAUUAAAGUAUCUUCUGGGAAUUAUCUUCCUGUUGAUAGUCCUCUAUCCGCAUCCCCUCAUCCUUCUUCUUCACCAUUAUCUCCCACCUCAUUUUCAAGUGCAUCGUCAGCUACUGCUUUGACAACUGCUAAUUCUGAUGAAAGUAUAGAUAUGCCAAAUAGUAUGAUGUUUGAUUCGGAAAAUUGGAAUGUGUUCUCAUCAGAUAUGAAAAAUGAUUCUAAUAUAGUUAAGAUUAAUAAGACUACUACUUCUCCUUGCCUUCUCAAUACCACAACUGAUUACAGUUAUCACUUUCCUACUUUAGAUGAAAGUUUAAAUGAGGAAGAAGAUUAUUUGAGACCUCCUACACCUCCUCCACGUUCAGCAUCGACAUUAUGUUCCCCAGGAAUCCCUGGUGCUUUUUUCGUCAGUUUCCCGAAUCAUAUAUCUUUGAAUGCAAUAACAUCAUCAUUCGACCAAGCUGCAGGAUACUUACAAAUUAGUUGUCCCUAUUCUUCACAACCUUGUCCUAGUCCUUCGUCUACACCUAUUACAAAUUUGUCAGUAUCUUCUUCCUUGUCGCGAAAUCAUCCUUCACGUGCACAUGUUAUCCAACCGAAUUCCCGCCGGGCUCAUCGCACUCAGUAUUACACUCAACAAAUACAUACUGACUUACAUUCUCUUCCAAACAGUAAAGAAAUGCAAUUCAGUGAAAACAAUGUUGUCGAUCCUAUAUGUUUUAUCCCAUCAACAGAUUCGUUUAACUCCCAACAGUCCAGAUUCGUUAUGACAAGUCAACCAAAUAUACAACUUAAAAGUACAGUUUUACCCAACGCUGUAGUUUGUAGUACAAGUGGUGGUGCUAGUGUGUGGGGUACUAAGAAUAUCGCCAUAUGGGAUGGUAGUAACUGUUUUAACUCUAAUACUAGUGAGUCAAUUCAAAUAGUUGAUUCCAAUGUGAGUAAAACCGCAGUGACGGCUACGGUUGUAUCAACAACUACGAAAGGAUAUUCAACAGCUAAUCUGAUAAAUAAUUUUCCACGUUCUGCUUCUGGUGGUUUUAUUGGCCCUGCUGAAAGCACAGAUUCAUCGUCGGUGUGGACUUGUGGUUCUUAUAACAACAACAAUAGUAAUAAUCGUUCACGUCCUACACCACUUCGUAAAAGUGCACAACAAAUUUAUGUUCAUCCAGGUCAUCCAGCAUUUUCUUCAUUCAUCGGACCAUUUGACUGGCCGAGUCAUUUAUUUAAAGCUGACCAGGAUAUAUUUACAUUAAUGAGUUGGACGAAGUCUAAUUUUUCAAAACGUAUAUUGGUAUCUUCGGAACCUGCACUGAAGAAACAAGUUGCUCAGUUGUUUAAAGUGAUUCAAUCAUUUAUGGGUGAUAGAAAAGCACGUCUUAGUCUGCCAGACUAUGGUUCAAUUAUUAUUCAUCGUGCCUUAAGUUCGGCCAAUUUACGCGACGAAUUAUAUGCUCAAUUGUGCAAACAAACGACAAGCAAUCCGGAUGUGAAAAGUCUUACAAACGGCUGGGCUCUUUUAUGUGUCUGUCUUUAUUACUUCCCACCAAAUAGUAAAUUUCGUGAUCAUUUAUAUGCUUAUCUUCAAAGUAGAGCGGAUGCAUCAGUCAUUUUGAACAGUAAUACAAUCAGCACAACUGCCUUUACUACAACACCGACUAAUUUUAAUCAAAAUGAUAUUGUUGAAUUCAAUAACCAUACUGUAUCAACUGAAUCUAGUCUUAAGACAGCCACAGCAAUCGCUUCUGGUUUGAAUCCAUUCAGUGCUAAUAACAGUAAUAAUAAUCUUAUGGAUAAAUACCAACAGUCAAAUGAUUUGUUAACUAAUUCAAAACACUUCACUUCACAUUCUAAUCAUAAUUGUACAAUGGGAAUCGCAUUAGGUCCAUGGGACCGUCCAACUGCAGCUCAUUUUGCACGUGUUGCACCUAGAUGGUUUGUUCGUUCAUUAAAUGUUGGUGUACGUAAAACAUCGGUUGGUCCAUCGAUUGAAGAAAUAUGCCAUGUUAAGGAUUUUUUGUUAAAACCAUGUAUAUUUGGUAGUUCCUUGGAUGAAAUGAUGCAAAUACAGGCAUAUAGAUUUCCUCAUUUACGUUUACCAUGGAUACAGAUAUUUCUCACUGAAGAAAUUCUACGGUUAAAUGGAGCACGAACGGAAGGAAUUUUCCGAUUAUCACCAGAUAUGGAUUUACUCAUUGAAGUACGUUGCCAACUAGAGAAAUUAUUUGAAAUAUUUCGAGUUGUUCAGCUAUGUGAUUCGGAACAACAACAGAGUGACAACAAUUAUGCAAAUGAUUCUGAUUUAUCUAGUCGCUUCUUAGUUCAUCGUCCACCUCCAUCUGGAUGGUCUACUUCUGCACGAGUGAUUGAAGCAGAAAAUAACCCGAAUUCCUUUGGUGUUACUGAUUCAACAAAAUGUAAGCACAAUUCUCUACUAUUAUCAUCUACGUUAGAUUGGAAUUGUCUAACUGGGGAAUUUAGUUGGCCAAUUUUACCAGAACCAUUAAGUUUACCACCAGCCGAAUAUGUUCUACUUACACCAACUGCUUAUUGGCCUAGAACUUUAUCCAGUAUCAUCAAACGUUCGUGUUCAAUGUCGUCAUCAACAUCGUUACCAUCUACAACAACUAGUAACAAUAGUAAUUCUGGUAAUCUGGAAUCUCAUUUAGCUGCAGGACUGUUGAAAUUAUGGUUGCGUGAAUUAAGUCAACCUCUUAUUCCAGUUGAUCUACAACCGAUAUGUUUGAAAGCUGCUUGUGAAGCGGAAGUUUAUGAAUUACAAGAUAAAGAUUCAAUAACUGGUAAUAAUUUGUCAUCGGAUUUAAAUCCCAUUCAGAAAUGUUGUCGAUUGGUUAGAUGCUUAAAUCCAUUACCAAGAAGAUCACUAUUAUAUUUAAUCCUACUUCUACAACAUCUAUCGAAGCCAGUUCAUUCAAAUCAGUCAUUAAUGGAUGCGCGUAAUUUAUCCACUGUGAUUGCACCAAACGUAAUGCGUUCAUCAACUAGUAAAGAUCCCCGUGAAUUGCUACAGAAUGUUAAACCACAAACAUUAUUCAUUCGUCUCUUAAUCACUUAUUUGGAUAUUGAAGUUGAACUAAAAUAUUUGAGAGAAGAAGAGGAAGAGGCUCGUAAUGUAAGUGGGGAAGACGGUGAAUUGAAGGAGAAAACGAUCUCAGACACAAUUAUUGAUGGCACUGAUACUGGAGUUAAACCAAUACAAUUUAAUAAUGAAAAUAAUAAUACUGUAUCAUGUAAUCAUGACAAAUUGUCGUUAUCAUCCAAUGGUUAUGUAUAUUUAACAUCACCGGUACGUGUUAGACUUGGUCCUGACAAUGGCUUCAUACCUAUAUGAAAUGUGAUUUGACUAUUCUAUUUGCCUUUCUGUUUUGAUACGUAUUGGUUAUGCAUGUUUACACAUGCAUACGCAUAUAUAUGUAUUCAUCUAUCCUUUUCUCCAUGAAAUAAUGCAAUCAUUGGUCUUAAUAAUAUCUUGCUAUAUAUGCACAUUCAGUCUUUCUCCUGGUGUCAUGCACAAUCAGGCUGAACAAAAUUUAUGGUUUGGAUUUGUUCGUGUAUUUUCUCUUCAUUGAGUAUCUAUUCACCACUAAUCUCUUUUCAUUUUAUAUCACUUAUCUUUCUGUUCCUUCUCUCUGGGAAUAUUUUCUCCGAUCGAGAUAACAAUCACCUUUUUCUAACAAAUGCUGAUAAUUUGCUUACUGACUAGUCUGUCAGCAUCAAUAUCCACAACCUCUCCUUUUUUUGUUGUCGUCGUUGUUUUUUUGUCUGUAUCUCGGAUUAUUGAUCGAGGUAUUCAUCAGAAAGUAAGUACAUUUAAAUAAUGCGUUUACAUUAAUGUAUCACAAGAAGAAAUUUUAGUGAGAUGAGUUUUCCUGUUAUUUGAGAGAAAUGAACCUAAUGGGCGUGUCACUUAUAUAUCAGAAUGGAUAUCACAAUUCAUCUUUUAAGAGGAAGUGAAUGCGCAAGAAGAAUAUAAACUCUGAUUAAUUUUUUUCGAAAAACAACUGGAUGUGAUGUUCAUUGAAACGUACAGAUCAAUAUUAACAAUAGUAAUGUGUUGGUUUACUUGCAGACACACAGAUUGAAAUAUUUCAACUCUCAUUUUAAAAACAAGCAUAUAAACUUACCCUCAUUCUUUACUUUUUACUUUGUGUUUAUAUCAAGCGAUUAACCUGAACAAAAAGUUUAUUCUCGUCCUUGUGUUGUACAGUUAAUCUCUUAUUAUCAAGACAUUUAUUGUAAUGCUAUAAUUACAUAUGAUUACAGUGAUCUUUCAUAUAUUACAAUACUUUUUGUUUUUUUAUAAAAAUAGGGAGGUAAUUGAAAUGAUAUUACUAUUGUUGCUAUUAUGUUUUCAAGCAAUAUACACGUGUAUUACAUGUGUAACUAUUAAAAUUAUAGAGUUUGAAAAAUGUACUAUACUAACGAUUCUUUUAAUUAUCGUUUUACGUUAUUAUAACUGCAAUGUUGAGUUGAAAGAUUACAUCUCAUUGUUGACUACCUGUUUUGUUCUCAUUUGUGUGCACAUUAGUUGUGUUGCAUCAUUUUUAUGUGUUGAAUUAUGGGUAUUAAGAGUGUAAUGAAUAUUUGGAUAGAUUUUACAGCUUACUAGUUUAACUACUUACAAUCACACAAGUAGACCAAUGUUUCAUCCCAUCUAAGUUUAAAUUGAAGUGUCACCUUACUGAAACCAAAAAUAUUAUUCUUAUACAUAUUUAAUGUACAAUAUGUCAAUGUAGUAAAACACUUCUUUUUAAAUUGUAAAUAUUACCUUUUCUUAUCUAACUUACGACUUAUUUCCAGUUUAUUAGCCGAUAUAUAUAUAUAUAGUAUUCUUUUGUUCACUGCAAUCAUUUCAUCUAUGCUUUGUGUAGAUCUAUUUAUCAUCUUUGAAAUAAAAUGAUUUGUUCCUAAAGUUCUUCAGAAUUCUAUUUCACACUGAAUUGUUUUUUACGUUUAUUUCUAGUUAAUACAAUUAUAUAUCCAUAUUAUUAUCAUUAUUACUAUUGUUACAUACAUUUAUUAUCAUGUGAAUGCAAUUUUUAAUGAUUGUCAUAAUGACAUUAUAUUGUAUUUUGAAAUGUUUGUAUAUCUCUUUUUUCUCACUUUCUUUGUGCUUUCUUAUGGCCUUCCUUCAUUUAUGCAUUUCUCAUUCUUCGUAUUUCGACUGAUACUUUUUUGUAAAAGAAGGUAGAAAUUCGGUUCAAGUA